AUGGGACUCACCGGCAAAGUGUCUCUUCCAAGGCCUCGCGAUGAGCCUGGCAAAGCAUGGCCUGCCAUCGCCGUCGGCUUCUUCGUAGCCUUUGGUGGUGUUCUCUUUGGCUAUGAUACUGGCACCAUUAGCGGUAUCCUGGCCAUGCCUUACUGGCAGCGAGAAUUCAGCACAGGCCAUAUUGAUGCUGAUGGGAAUCCCAAUGUCAGUUCGUCUCAGGAAUCAGCCAUCGUGUCCAUUCUCUCUGCAGGCAAUUUCUUCGGCGCCCUCGCCUCGCCUCUCCUGUCUGAUUGGCUUGGCCGUCGACCUGGCUUGAUGAUCUCUACUUGGAUCUUCAACUUUGGAGUCGCCUUGCACACUGCCGCCACCGAUAUUCCGUUGUUUCUGGCAGGUCGCUUCUUUGCAGGCUUCGGUGUUGGUCUGAUCUCUGCUACUAUCCCUCUCUAUCAGUCUGAAACAGCACCCAAAUGGAUCCGUGGCGCCAUUGUUGGCUCUUACCAGUGGGCAAUCACCAUCGGUCUUCUUCUCGCCGCCGUCGUAAACAAUGCGACUUCGCACUGGGAUAAUUCAGGCUCCUACCGAGUUCCCAUCGCGCUGCAACUGGCAUGGUCUCUCAUCCUCUUCAGCGGAUUGCUAUUUCUUCCAGAAACUCCACGCUUCCUUAUUAAGAAGAACCAGACAGACAAAGCGGCAAAGGCUCUGAGCCGUCUUCGACGACUACCUGCUGAUUCCCCAGAAAUCGCAAACGAACUCAACGAGGUUAUGGCAAACCAUGAGUUUGAGAUGAGUCUAGGGCAAUCCUCUUAUCUCCAAUGCUUUAAGCCUCCCAUGCUCAAGAGACAACUCACGGGUAUGGGCGUUCAGGCGCUGCAGCAGCUUACAGGUAUCAACUUCAUCUUUUACUACGGCACCAAAUACUUCCAGAACUCGGGCGUGUCUAGCGGAUUCAUCAUCUCAAUGAUCACUUCAGCCAUCAAUGUCGUAUCGACGGUGCCUGGAAUGUAUGCUAUCGAUAAAUGGGGACGCCGACCUAUGUUGCUGUGGGGAGCUAUUGGCAUGACAAUCUCUCAGCUGAUUGUCGCUGUCUGUGGCACUCUAUCUACUGGGCAGUUAGAUAAUGGUGAGAUUUUUAUCAAGAACCUCGCCGGGCAGCGAGCGGCCGUGGCCUUUGUUUGCAUCUACAUCUCCAUCUUCGCAGCUACUUGGGGCCCCCUCGUCUGGGUGGUUACAGGCGAGAUCUUCCCUCUCAAGACACGAGCCAAGUCCCUCAGCAUCACGACCGCUACAAACUGGCUACUAAAUUGGGCUCUGGCUUAUUCCACCCCGUACAUGGUCAAUUACGGAGAAGGCAACGCAAACUUGCAGUCCAAGAUCUUUUUUGUGUGGUUUGGCUGCUGCUUUCUCUGCAUUGCAUUCGUUUGGUUCUUCAUCUACGAAACAAAGGGGCUCACUUUGGAGCAGGUUGAUCUGCUCUACCAAGAAGUAAGCGUCGCACGGAAGUCGGUUCACUGGGUCCCGUCUUCCUCGUGGGAGACCCGACAGGGUCACAACUUGAAGGGUGAGGAGGGAGCAGAGUUAGAGGAGGUUGGCAACUAA